AUGGCUAGUGCGGCAAUUGUAGGAGACACGAGCUCCUGGGCUCGAGCGCUCGUUACGAUCUCUCCUUACACCUUCUCCCAAUUUCGCUAUGGUACACACACCAAGUUUUGUGUGCACCAACUCACACGGCGGGGAGAGGGCCACGUCGCCCAAGCCAGCAACGGAGGGCCAGGAUUGAGCGAGCUGGGCAGAGUACACCUCCCUGCCCAACUCACAGAUCUACUGUCGACGAGAAGGAAGGACAUCAGAACAAGGAAAGCGAGGACGACGAGGUUCCUUCAGCCGACGAGCAGCGGAGUCGAUAACCAGGAGAGCCUCGACGAGAGCGAAUCGUCCUUCCUCGAGUCUCGGUAUUUUGGCCGACCUUUCUCGCGUAUUUGCUCCGAUGUUCCUCCUGUUGCUGAAGUUGUUCCUCCUGCAACUGAAGUUGUUCCUUCUGCAAAAAGAGUUAAGUUUGCUGCUGGGAAGUCUGGUAAGACCUCUGCAGGGAAGUCUGGUGAGACUUCUGCUGGGAAGUCUAGGGGGAAGUCUUCUGGAAAGUCUGAGGGAAAGUCUUCUGGGAAAGCUACAUGGAAAUCUGUUGGGACGGCUGGGGGGAAGUCUGCCGGCAAAGUUGUCCGGGAGUCUGCCGGGAAAGGUGUGGGGAAGUCUGCUAGGAAAGGCAAGAGCAAUAAACCACAUGAAACGCAGCAUCGAUGUCACACAUCAUCAUUGUUGAGUGUUAUUGAAUUUUGGAAGAAGGAUGAGGCCUACUAUGAGGAAUGCGAGAAGGAGCUUAAGAAGGCGGGGUUCGAUGGAUUGCUGGAGAUACGAUUGUGCGGCGUCGAUAAGUCUCUGUUGUGUGCAAUGGCACGACACUACGAUACUAUUUCUUGGAGCUUCAUUUUCGGAGAGGGAGAGAAUAGGAAGGUGCUUCCCUUAGAGGACGAGGACGUGGCUCGUGUUUAUAGCCUUCCUCACGUUGUGGAAGAAAUAGUGCUGGAUAAGUGCUUGUACAAAACCAAGUUGUCGGCUUUUCAAGCCGAGAUUGGGAUGGGAGGAAACAGAGUAGUCUUGCUGCAGUUGAAGGAAAGGCAUUCCUUGACUGGGGUCAAUGGAGAUGUCCACUACCUCGUUGUCCAUCUGUUGGAGAUUUUGAAGGUCAAAGGUGUUGGGACCUCCAUCACCCCAACCUGUAGCUACUGGUUCAAGGAUCGUCAAAUAAAGAGGUUUGAUGGUUCUGCUGGAGAUAAAGGGCAAAGCAGCACACAAGCUCUUGAUGCUCCUGAGUUUUACAUGGACGAAGAUCAGCUUAAGGUGUUGAAGUGCAUGACUGAGUCCAUGUUCAAUAAGUGGAAGGCACGACUUGCAAGAUUGGAAACGUGCAUGGAGCCCCAAUGUGGACAGGAAUGA